AUGGCGACGAAAAAGGUUGCUAUCAUCGGCGGCGGACCCUCGGGCUUAACUACACUUAAACAAUGUUUGGCUGAAGGUCUGGAUGCCGUCCUUUUCGAAGUACGCGGUGGAAUCGGAGGGCAGUGGCGUUAUGAAGACCCAAACCCGGAAACGGACGAUGCCAUAUCAUCCAUCUAUGAGGGAGUUAUUCUAAACUCAACCCGCGAUACCUCCGGCUUCAGCGAUUUCCCCAUUGAUCCUGCCCAGUAUCCGGAAUAUUUCGGUCAUCGCCGGAUGCUGAAUUACCUAGAGAAAUAUGCUGAACAUUUUGGAUUGGGGAAGUAUAUGCGGCUGAAUACCAAAGUGAUGUCCUGCAACCAGCGGCCGGACGGGAGGUGGACUGUGGUGCACCAGGAAAAGGGCGCAGAUCAAGUAACAUCAGAAUAUGAUGCUAUAUUUGCUUGUUCGGGACAUAAUUCCUAUCCAUCGACUCCUGUUUUCGAAGGGAUGAGUUCCUUUCAAGGAGAUAUCCUUCAUAGUCACGUAUACCGGAGACCGGCCAGGUUUGACGGUAAAAAGGUUGCGCUCAUCGGUUUCGGCUCCUCAGCCGUUGACUUGGCUUGCGAGCUGGUUUCCGUGGCGAAGGAGGUGCAUAUGAUUACCAGGAGAGGCGGUUGGGUUAUACCGCGCUUUGUGCUCGGCCAGCCUGUCGAGUUAUACGAUAACCGAAUUGCUGAGACGCUCAUACCUGGUGGGCUUUCACAAUGGAUCCAAACAAAGAUAUUGAACUUCGCCAUCGGCGAGCAUCCAGAAGUGAUUAAACCACACCACGGUAUAAUGGAAGCCAACCCGACUUUGGCAAAAUCCACGCCCAAUCGCGCAGGUGUAAAGCAGUUCAACGAAACCUCUCUCGUCCUCACGAAUGACACGGUUCUGGAUGUUGAUACAGUAAUCUGCUGCACUGGUUACAACAUGGAUAUGCCGUACCUAUCCAAGGAAACGUACCAUGCGGAGGACAAUCCAAUCUUGAAAUCACCAAACACCCUGGAUCUAUAUAAGCUGGUCGUCUCCCCACGAUUUACUAAUCUUUUCUUUAUCGGGUAUGUCGAAUUGCCCGGGCCUCUCCUUCCCGUUGCCGAAGCCCAGGCGAGGUGGGCGUCGGCCAUAUUGACGGGGAGAGUGAAGCUGCCAUCAAUGGAUGAGAUGAAUCGGCAGGUGAAAGAGUACCAGGAGGAAUUAGUUAGAACAAUGGUGGUCUCAGACCGUCACACAGCAACCGUCCGUUUCCUCCCUUACUGCGACUCUCUUCUCGCCGACCUAGAUGCGAACCCCACGAUCGUCCGCCUUUUGCAUAAACUUUUCACUUCGAAUCCGUUCCGUGCCUUCUCGUUGCUAAAAGCGGUGUAUUUUGGCGUGAAUUCACCCGCGCAAUAUCGAUUAUUCGGCCAUGGACAAAAGGAAGAGCUGGCUGCUGCUACCUUGGUUAGGUUGAAUGCGGGAACGGGGAUAAGUGUCAAGGAAAAGGAGCUUAUUGACGGCCAGGUUCGAUAUUGA